AUGGUUAGUGCACCUCCAACGAAGCAUGAAAUAGUAGCCAUCUUAAACAAGCUUAAGUCAUUACCGUGCAAUAAGCAAUGCUUUGAUUGUGGUGCUACUAACCCUACAUGGGCUAGUGUGACCUAUGGAGUUUUUCUAUGUAUUGACUGUUCGGCAGUUCACCGUUCACUUGGAGUUCACGUUAGUUUUAUACGUUCAACACAACUGGAUACAAAUUGGACCUGGGUUCAGCUCCGUGCAAUGCAAGUUGGUGGGAAUCAAAAUGCAUUAUCUUUCUUCACACAAAAUAGUUGUCGUUCUUUGGAUGCCCAGGAGAAAUACCGCAGUCGUGCUGCUCAGCUAUAUCGAGUUAAAUUGGAAAAGUUGGCUGUUGAAGCCAUCAAAAAUCAUGGGAACAAGUUGAUGAUUGAAGGGGAAGAAGACAAAGGAAGAUGUAACAAAGUGACUGACUUUUUCGAGCAACAUACUGAAUAUGCUACAGUUGAUGAUGUAAUUCCUGACAUACCUGUUGCUACUAUUCCGCAGAUGGCUCCAGAAGAAAAGGCUAUUGGCCCAACUGUUGAUAAUUUAUUCAGUUCCCCGACGUCUGACUCCGUUCCCGCCAAAAUACCCUCAGUAAUUGGAGGUAGAAAGCCGAAUACUACUCGGCCUGGGACCAAAAGGGGUGGAUUGGGUGCGGCAAAGGUGAAGGCUGAUUUUUCUGCAAUGGUUUCAGCAGCUGAAAAUGCUGAUGCACAAAAGGAAAGUCACGCUCACUUGAACAGUCAAGAUGAACGAGAUCAGGGGAAAACUGAUGUGGAAAGACUCGCAUCACUUCGCUUAGCUUAUAAAGAUAUCACUGAUGAAUGCGAAAGACAAGAUGCUGUCAAUUUAAAAUCUGCUGAUCCACAACGAGCCAAACAAGCUGAACGUCUUGGUAUGGGUAAAAUUGGAUCGAAUAAUAGAGAAAUAUCUCACUCAGCAUUUGCAAAUGUUCAAAAGAUUGAGCAAGAAAACUCAGCUCCUACUCACAUCGUGACACAAAUAACUUUUUUCCGUUCUGGGGAUGAUCAUUUAUUCGGCGGUUCGACAGCGUCAAGUAUCAAUGGUGGAUGGUCAAAAGGAAGACAAAAAGGCGAUGAUUGGGAUAAUUACUUCUCAGAUCCUUUUAACCAGAAACCCAGGGAUACCCAGGAUUUGUCUGGCGUAGAAGACUUCUCAGUCAAGUCGCAUAGCAAACAGCCUACAAGUUUAUCGUCUUCAAAAGUUGAGACAAAAUCAGACUCAAAUGAAUUCAUCAAAAAGUUCGCCAAUGCAACUUCGAUAUCAUCGAAUGCAGUUUUCGAUCGAGAGGAGUCUGAAUCUGACGGACUCUCAAGAUUCCAAGGAAGUUCAUCAAUUUCUAGUGAUGAUUACUUUGGAAGAUCUAAAAUGAAACAGUCUCCAGUAUCUAAUGAACUACAAAAUAUCAAAGAUGGUGUGAAGCAGAGCGGCACUAAAGUUGCUGGACGAUUGUCGAACCUAGCAACUGACGUCGUUCAUACACUUCAGGACAGGUUCGGUUAA